ACAUUUUGCACGUAGCAGACGUAUUAAUCAGAGCUGGGCCAUCUGCCUCUGUAAAAUAAGUGGAAAGGCGUUCGCCGGACCCGGAUUCCCAAAAAGGGGCGUGAUCACAAACUGGGGGGUGUUCGCUUAAAACACUGGUCUCCGGCAUAGCAGAGCGAAAAGGGCUCCAGAUGCUUCCUGGUUGAGCUGGUAUCCGCAUGUGCCAAGGUGUUUCUGUCAAGCUGUGACCGGCGGUCAGGCCGGGGCAGGAGUACAACCGCCGUUCAUGUCAGUAUCAAGUCUCAGAGAAGCCGAGAAGCUUAUUUGCGAUUGCACGGAAGACAGUUAUUACUUGGCAAAACUUUGGGAUACACAAACUCUUUUGCUAUCCUGUCAUAGUUCUGAUUCUUUCCCUUCCUCAGCAUACGUAGAUAUAUAGUUUAUUUUAAAUCAGCGAGUUUCAAAUGCUGGGCAAGUGCUUCAUUCAAUUUGAUAGAAUUAUUGAUUAAUUCAUUUUCUUAUAAUUAUUGAUAAGUUAUUGUAAACAGUUUGAUUGGGCUGUUGACUAUAGAAGGAAAGUGGGGAUUCGUAGUCUUGUUAAAAUGCCUUUGGGACAUAUCAUGAGAUUAGAUCUAGAGAAAAUAGCCCUGGACUACAUUGUUCCCUGUUUGCACAACAUCGGCUUCUGCUACCUGGACAAUUUUUUGGGUGAGUUAGUGGGGGACUGUGUCCUGGAACGAGUAAAGCAGAUGCAUUACGAUGGAGAGCUUCAGGAUGGUCAACUUGCUGGCCGAAGUAAUGGCAUCUCCAAAAGACACUUGAGGGGAGACCAGAUAAAGUGGAUCGCAGGCACUGAGGAAGGAUGUGAGGCCAUCAACUUUCUCUUGUCGCUAACAGACAGGCUGGUGAUGUACUGUGGCAGUAGACUGGGCAAGUAUUACGUGAAAGAAAGGUCCAAGGCUAUGGUCGCUUGUUACCCUGGAAAUGGAACUGGCUAUGUGCGUCAUGUGGACAACCCCAAUGGAGAUGGACGCUGUAUCACGUGCAUUUACUACCUGAAUAAGAAUUGGGAUUCAAAGCUUCACGGUGGGAUUCUCCGAAUAUUCCCAGAAGGGAAGUCCUACGUAGCAGAUGUUGAACCUAUCUUUGAUAGAUUACUUUUCUUCUGGUCAGAUCGAAGGAACCCACAUGAAGUUCAGCCUUCCUAUGCAACAAGAUAUGCCAUGACUGUAUGGUAUUUCGAUGCUGAAGAAAGAGCAGAAGCCAAAAAGAAAUUCAGGAAUUUAGUUGAUGCAGGGAAGACAGAAGCAGUUCUCAAUGAAGACUGAACAGUGAUUUUCCAGCGCAAUUCUUUUGUAGUGAUAUUUUUGGGACUCUCUGCAGCAAGCAAUAAGAUCCAAAGACAAUACAGUCUGUUUCUAGUGAUUACUGGAUACUCUUCUAACCUGCAGAUAUGCACUAUUCUGGGCACUGUUUAAUGUUUGCAUAUUAUACUGAUGGUACUUAUGGCCACAUCCUAUCAUACCCAUCAGGCAUAAAAACACCCCUGUUUUCUACUUGCCUUGCACAGAAGAACACCACCAUUUUUUUUAGAAAGUGAAGAAGAUCACCAAGUCCUCCUGUUAACGUUGACCAACUGGCCUUUAGCCUUACUGGUAUUAAAAGAUACUAAACAUUCAAAAUAGUUGGGGAAACCUGACUCUUAUUUGCACUUUAUUUAAAUAUUCUGGUUCAGUGGGAAGGAGCUUUAUAAAAGAACCUCAGUGGCAGACCGCAGAUGGCAAUCAGGAAUGGUAAAUAUUGAACUGCGUGUUUGCCAAGCGCCAAUUUUGUUAUGCUCAAUGUGGAUGCUUUGAUGGGCUUCCUGGUCACUUUGCUAUACAGACUGUUGGCCUAAUUGUCUUGUAUCAUUAAUUUCUGAAAAGGAUAAGCCUCCUACUUGCCAUAAAACUGCCUGGAUUUGAUCCAUAUUGCUGAAGUCAAGCAGCAGCAGUGGUUCCGUUGCUUGGCCUUUCAGAGCCCCGGGAUGGGCAGAGGCAGUUGUGCAGCUGUCUACUAUUUUGUAAAGCACAUCCUCUUUUUAAAAAUCUGAUGGGUCUGUGUCUCCCUUUUUAAAUCUUCGUUUUAUAAAGCAACUCAUCUCUCCCAUUUCCAUCCAGAUGUUUAAACUCUGGGAAAAGUUAAUGACAAACUCAAUGUGUAGAUGCCAAGGAAUUCUUAAAAAUAACAGCAAAAACCCAACAUCCUGAUCUUCCAUCAGCCACACGCUGAACGACUGAAGUGGAACUCUGAGAAUCCUUCUUUAUGUUUGUUAGACUGGCAAAUGUAUGACUGAUGACUGUGGCCAAAUUAAAUCAUAUGGGGUGCAACUUUAAAUCAAGCUGUGAUUAAAUUUCCCAUCAACAUUAAUGGGUCUGUGGAUUGUACCACUGGACCUAAUUGUAGCUGUUUUUUGAAUCUGAGAACAUGUGUUUACUAUUUCUGCCCAAUUCUUAGAUUGGUUGGGGCAGCAAAAAAUGGUUUUCAGAGGGGAUGUGCCAGUUGCUGUUCCUACACAGAAUCAUAAAGCUUUACCCUACAGGCAAAUGCAC